GCCGCCCUCCUGUUGUCGUCGCACGUCUCGGCCGUCUUCAUCAAUUUCGACAACUGCCUGGACCAGAACAUCCGCAACUCGAAUCCCCUGCAUCUGCAAUUCAUCCCGCUCUUCGUCGACGCCCACUUCAACACCUCGGCCUCGACUCACAAUCUUAACUUGACCAUCUACGGCAACGUCAGCGGCCAGGCCACCCAGGGCACCUACCCGCCGCCAAACGACGCGCUGUGGACAGAUCCGAACAACCCCUUUGGCAAGAUAGUUGACCUGUCUCCCUCCAACAACAGAUAUUCGACCCUCUUCCAGCGCUACCAAGUUCUCACUUUCGACGCCUACCAGGCCGAGCCCAGCCGCUUCUGCAACUCGACUCUGAACGACUCGUGUCCCUUGGUCCCUUCCUUUUUCGAGAACCCUUACGAUCCCUACGACCUCUCGGCCUUCUCCGUCAGCCAUGACUUCUACAGUUCCUAUGCCUUCACGACCAUCGCCUCCACCAUCACCGCAAAGUCGGGCGAUGCAGGCGCUCCAGACAUAGCCUGCAUCUCUGCCAACAUCACCCCAGCCCUGGGACACACCUUGUCUGGCCUGUUGACAUACCUUCCCGUCGCCAUCCUCAUCCUCGUAGCCAUUGCGACGGCCGCCGCCGGCAUAUACUCUCCCUGGGGUUCCACCGACCCCUUCAAAUGGACCACAAACUACGGUCGCGAUCAGGAUCUGCUCCGUCUUGUGACUCCUGGCUUCGGAGACUGUCUACAGUACAUCCAAUUCAUCUUCCUGACCGGUGCCCUCAGCCUCAACUAUCCCGGCUACUAUGCCCCGGUCACCAAGCAGGCGAGCUGGUCCGCCUUGCUGUUCAAUUCGAGUUACGUCUCCCACGGAGCCGGUACACAGUCUCUCCAGGAUGGGUUAUACGUCACCAACGGAACUUAUGGCAUGACUCGUAUGAGCCAGCUGGUGGGUAUGACGGCUGUGCGCGACAUCUGGGCCUGCAUGGCUGUCUGGUUGCUGGUUGUCGCAAUUGCUGUCCUUCUCCUCUGCCAGUUGGCUUUCCUGGUGCGCUGGUUGAUCCGCCUUCUCUCCAAUACUCAAGAGGAGGAUCUUCGUCAGAAGAACUGGCCUCUGAGUGGUGGUAUGGUAGUGCGCAUCAUUUUCAACUACUUCCUCCUGCCCAUCGUUGCUAUUUCCAUGUUUCAAUUGAUAGUGGCUCCUCGCUCGCCCCCUUCUGUUGUCGCCAUGGCCGUCAUACUUUUACUGGCCAUCAUCGCCCUUGCGCUCUGGAUCCUCAACCUCAUCUUCCGUACCAAGCCGCGCGCUUACCUCUUUGACGAUCUACCUACCGUCUUGCUCUACGGCCCACUCUACAACACCUAUUCUGACGAGGCCGCCCCCUUCGCUCUCAUUCCUGCUAUUCUUACUUUUAUUCGCGGCAUCGCCAUUGGAGCAGUGCAGCCUUCGGGUAUUGCACAACUAGUCAUCAUGGCUAUCUGCGAAGUGAUUCUCAUACUCACGCUACACGCCUUCCGUCCCUUCCACUCCCCGACACACAUGAACGCCUAUCACACCUUUUUCGCUUCAGCAAGACUUGCCACGGUUCUCCUCAUGGUCGCUUUUGUGCCGUCUCUGGGUGUUACUGAAGCACCCAAAGGAUGGAUAGGCUACGCUAUCCUCUUGAUCCAUGGUAUAGUUCUCAUCUUUGGAUUCUUCAUGAACGCUUUGCAGACUCUUCUAGAGGUCUUUGCCCGCAUGGCAGGUGCUGGAGGUGAUCCUCAACACGGAGCACAGAGGGGUGGCCUGAUAUCGUUUGGUUGGCGUCAGCUUCGCAAACGACAACCAGGUAGGCAAGCAAAGAGACCUGGUAGCAUGAUGUCUGAUGCCGCCAUAUUAGCCAACGAUUCGGACGCUAAAUCGCUUAACAUGAUGGGGGGACGAUCGAGAAGCAUGUCUGCAAGCUCCCAGAUGAUGCUUAGUCAGCACCUGCCCGACAAUCGCGCCAGCAGCGGCUUCGAUCAGUUCGUUCAGUCCGAGUAUGCUUACACUCCGACUGUAGAGACACCGACUACUCCUUAUAGUGCUGUCCCACAAUCUGCUGGUUCUGGUACAGGAGCUGGCAAUUCUGGCAAGCGUCCGGUUCUGGGCAUCAAGACAGAGCAGCCCCUCUCCGAUCCAUACUAUCGGGCGCCUCGGCCACGAAGAAACACCAACGACCCAUACACACCGGGUGCUAGAAGCCGACACUCAACGAGCGGCGAUUGGAACCGGCUGCCGUAUCAAGAUUCUCCCGAACAUGCGGUAGGCGUUGAUGAUCUUGGAGAAGGUGGCUCAGUUGUGCCUCCAUAUCUACGCACUCAACACAGAGGUGGCUCAGAUUCGGACUUGGCAGAUCCGUCGCCAAGGGAGAGGACCGACUAUGCUGUGAGAGAAGUGGACUUCUACUACGGCGUCAGAGGCCCUGCGCUCUCAAAUGCGCCGGCCAGGAAACUGAAAACUGGGCCCGCUGAUCCUGUUGGCCCUGUAUCUUCUGCUACUACAUGGUUCCAGAGGCUCGUGGGUGGGAAAAGGAAAGACAAAGGCAAAGGAUUCGAAGUUGUCCGCAGCUCUCGCGUGCCUGCUAACAAUGCACGUGAGCCUUUGGAGGACGAAGAAGGGCAAGAAUUGCAAACCUCACCACCCAUGAACUAUCUGCCUUACAAGGAUUCGCCGGAC